UGUGGAAUGGCUGUUGCGGUAGUUUGGUUGCGUUGCGAUCGUAAGUAGGAUGGAUGACCCAGCAGCUCUGACGUUCACACGGCAAUCCCCCCCACAUCUCGGUUCCUAACCCGUAGCGGGCAGGGGCCCGAGAUCAAAACUCCCGUCGAUUACCGGUCAAGUACCUUCCCGAAGACGGUCUGCUACAUCUUGUUUGCAGUCAUAUAUACGUGCUUUUAGGUUAUAUCUGAAAACCUUGGGAAUACUUCAUCAUGGCGAGCAUACAAGCUAUCAGGGCGAAUUGUCGCAAGGUCAUGUGCAUAGGCAGGAACUAUGCAGACCACAUCAAGGAGCUGUCUAGUGCUACGCCCAAGCAACCCUUCUUCUUCCUGAAGCCACCAUCAUCUAUCUUGCUACCAGGCGCUGGUCCAGUACUACGACCUCGUGGUGUGAAUAUGCACUAUGAAGUUGAGCUCGGUCUCAUCAUGGGCAAGACAAUAAGGGAUCUGCAUCCCGAGGAUACCAAGGGUGCUAUGGAUGCUAUAGAAGGUUAUGUUCUCGCUAUCGACAUGACUGCACGUAAUGUGCAGGAUGAAGCGAAAAGAAAAGGCCUGCCAUGGUCCAUUGCGAAGGGUUUCGACACCUUCAUGCCCAUCAGCAACUUCAUCGCGAAGAGCCGGAUCCCAGACCCACAGAAAGCACACCUUUGGCUUUCAGUCAACAACGAGAUGAAGCAAUCCGACAACACUGAACUAAUGCUUUUCCGAAUUCCGAGACAACUAAGCGACAUUAGUAGGGUCAUGACGCUAGAAAAGGGCGAUAUUGUACUCACAGGAACGCCGAAGGGCGUGGGUCCAGUGAAGACGGGCGACAUUAUGCGUGCGGGACUCAAAGUGGAUGGUAAAGAUAUCGAAGAGGCGAACCUGGAAGUACCAGUUGCAGAUCGUGAGGGUUUGUACGAGUUCAGCGAAACAUAAGGCGAAGUUUCCAUACGUGAGCAACGACCGAAGUUCAUCAGAUCUUGAAAAUUUAGAAAGCGCCGAUUCCAGAUAUCUCCGGUUUCGCCCUUGUUCC